UAUUAUCAUUUAUAUACCAAAUUGGCCACUGAGUUUUUAAAUAGCGAGGGAGAACAAGGAAAAAGGGUGUGAAGAAGAUGUCGGGCAUGGGAGACGGCUACGUGGGCACCGCCCAAGACGCCGUCAGGAUCCGUAGGCUCGAGAAGCAGAGAGAAGCGGAACGCCAGAAAAUCCAAGAGCUCAAGACCAAGUCCCAAUCGGAACAGGGCCAACCCGGUCUCCUCCAAUUCGGCUCUAGUACCUCUGAGAUUCUUGAGACCGCGUUUAAGAAGGAAACUGUUGGUUUGGUUACGAGGGAGCAAUAUGUUGAGAAGAGAGUAAACAUUCGGAACAAAAUUGAGGAGGAAGAGAAGGAGAAACUUCAGAAACUACAACAGGAGGAGGAGGAGCUCCAAUUACAAAAGCGUAAAAAGAGAAAGAUCAAAGGGACUUCUCGUUUGUCAUUUGCAGAUGACUAUGAGAAUGGAAGUGAAGACGAAGAUGGGGAAAACAAAAGUUCUGACCCAGCAAAAUUUCGUGGUAAAUUGGGAAAAGAUCCCACUGUGGAAACUAGCUUUCUACCAGACAGUGAGCGUGAGGCUGAGGAACAAGCUGAGCGUGAAAGGUUGCGGAAACAGUGGCAACUUGAGCAAGAGCAAAUACGAAAUGAGCCCCUUGAAAUUACUUACAGUUAUUGGGAUGGGGCAGGCCAUAGGCGAACGAUCCAGGUACGCAAGGGUGACACUAUAGGAGAAUUUCUUCGGGGUGUUCAGCAACAACUUGCACCAGAAUUUCGAGAAAUUCGAACCACCUCUGUGGAAAACUUGCUUUAUGUGAAAGAAGAUCUUAUUAUUCCACAUCAGCAUAGUUUCUACGAGCUAAUUGUUAACAAGGCUAGGGGAAAAAGUGGUCCGCUGUUUCACUUUGAUGUGCACGAGGAUGUGCGAACAAUUGCUGAUGCAACAAUAGAGAAAGAUGAGUCUCAUGCUGGGAAGGUGGUUGAAAGACACUGGUAUGAGAAGAACAAGCAUAUUUUCCCCGCGUCUAGAUGGGAGAUAUAUGAUCCAACAAGGAAAUGGGAGCGAUACACCAUCCACGGCGACUGAUAGGAUUACUAUUAAGGACUUGGUUUCUCAUAUCCCCAGCUUUUGCUUAGAUUUUUUUAUAAAUUAUUUAGCUGAGUAUCAUGUGAUGCAGUUUUCAGUAGUAUUUCAAUUGCACUUUAAGGAAGAAAAUAUGUAUUUUAACAGAUUUUUGGACCUAGUUGCUAACCCAUACUGAUAUGUAUCUUAAUCUUUUCUACCAUCUAAUAAUUUGAUACUCUUUCAGUUUA